UCGCGCGCUAGUUUCAGAUCACAAUAUUCCAUGUGGCUCUUGUCUUGUUCUACACUGUGUAGUCCCUUUUAUGUGCUACGCCUUGACUGUGUGAUGGCUCCUCUUGGGUUGGUUAAGAGAAGAACCAGAUGUUGGCGAGAAGUGUUGCAAGUUCGGUCCACGGUCAGGCGUGUAACGCCGCUAGCAUCUAACUUGGUCUUGCGUAGAAGUUGGUCCUGUUCUUGGUUCGUCUCGGGAGUUUGGUUUGUGGUUUAACUUAGGCAUGAAGUAGUUCAUGAUUUUAGAGGUUGUAGGUGUCGAACAAUGCUCAGUGCAUUCUCCUUCCUACUUGAGCGUUAAGUAACGAGUUGUGACGCGUGAGUUGUCUCACACGCGAACUUCUUGAAAACUCCUUGGUGUACAGCCUUGGGAAGACGUGAGAUCACAGACACGCCACACAAAGAUGAUAAUUUUAACCCUCGAAGAUUAGAAACGUGAAGCGCGAAAACACGCACAUGCUGCCUUUCCCUUCUAGUUGCAUGGCAUAGUGUCUCGCAAGUGCCUCGGGGAGUUUUCUCCUCGUGUCCGCGGAGUUACAGUUUAACAUGUUUUUUCUUUCGGUCAGGUGCAUAUAUACACCCUAGGUUAUAUGUUCUGCGACUAGAUUGCCAUGCGUCAUUUGUUAUCUUGAUUGGUGCUGUGAGUCCUGUUCUGGGUCUUUUUGUCGACCCUCUGUAGACGUGAACAGCUAAGUGUAUUGAAUUUGGAAUAUAGACUGUCAACUAGAGGACUCAGAGUUUGCGCGGAAAGUUCAUGUUUAACUACAGUGACUCUUCUGACCAGUUGCUUGUGGGGUAAGGAUGUGUUGUGUGUACAUGUCUCACCUUGUCUCGAUUGAUCGUGGGUUUUGUGGAGCACUUUGUGCGCAGGCUUGUGGAGAAGAUAAUAGUUAUAUGUGAUGAUGUCUGCGGAAAGCAAGUUUGGGGAAUGGUGUGGGGAAUUGCAGGCCAAUUCGAGGCAGCUUCUUUUGUCUCCUUGGCUUUGUGUGUGGGGAAGAUGUCGGUUGACGCCCUUUUUCAAGGGCGGAACAGAGUAUGUCUUUGGUGUGCUUCCCAUUCAAGGAAGAAGAUGUCGCAGUGGUGGUUGGUAAUAUAGAGUGCGCAGCAUCGCAUCCCCGGGUUGCAGCCAUUUUGUGUGUGGGCUACUCGCAAGGAGAGACGUGGCACGCCAUUGAAGCUGCUAAGCCACGCAUUGAGAGAGCUACAGGAAAGGAAAUUUUUCUGGUGCUGCAGCGACGGAUUGGUGUGAGCCUUCGUGGAGGCAAAGGUGAUGGCAUGAACACGGCACUAGCUUUCUUUCUGGAGAAGGACGUGUAUCCGCGUCUGCACUUCUACGACGCUGAUAUUGUCUCGUUCUCCGGAGAGUGGAUUUCCAAAGCAGAGAAGCAGGCGGAUCUCGACUACGAUAUCGUCCGUCAUUACUUCCCGAGAUCCAGCACGGAUGCCAUGAUCACAUGGCUUGUGACGAAGCUGGGGUUUGCUAUGCUGUGGCCCAACUCGACUUUGCCUUUCAUUGAGCAACCCCUCGGUGGAGAACUCCUGCUAACGAAAAAGGCGGCUGAAGUGCUCUACGGAGACCACCGUGUUCGAUCUCAAAGUGACUGGGGGAUAGAUACUCUUUACACUUUUGUCACCGCACAAGCAGGUCUACGUCUCGCUGAGGUUUACAUCUCUGAAGGGAAGGUCCAUGCGCUAUAUGGUGGUCUUCGAGAUCUCCGGACUAUGCUCGUGGAAUGUUUCUCAGCGGUGCAGUCGCUACGUAAGGAAAUUCUUCCCAGUGAAGAUGGAGCAGUUCACUGCAUUGAACCAGCUAAGGCCGUCCCGGACUUGAUCAAACAAAAAGUCGGGUACGACAUAGAAAAGACAUUGAAGCUGUUGAAGAGCAAUUGGACACCUCGACAGCAGGAGCUUCUGCACCAGCAUUUUGACUCUGCCCUUGUGAAGGGAUUGUUGAACUCUGCCGAGUGGCCGUGCUGGAGUUUCGCAGAUGAAGAUGCCUGGACAAGCGCAUAUCUAAAAUUCCUCGACCACUUCGAGAAGGGAGAUAGUGAUUGGGAGGAGCUUCUGUUUAAGGUUUGGGUGGCCCGGGUACUGAACCACACUUUCAAGAAUGUAAUGCGUGGGUACGACAGUGCCCUAGGUGCUUUGCGUGACUUGGUGUGGGACACUCGCCACCAGUUUGCUGUUAAGCUUAAAGCCAAUUCCGUCCCCAACCACGCCAUCGUGUCGGGCCACUCAGCUGCAGAGGGGCUGGUCACCCGAGCUCAAUCCGGCCGCAAGAAACCCAAAUUCGAGGUUGAAAAUCUGUGUACAGUGCAACAGUAACUCAUGAGAAACGCAUCUCGUGGCGACCAUUUCCUUUCGUCUCACAAUAUGAAGCCGGACGUCAAGUUCACGCAUCCUGCACAACCACAAGAAUGGUGUUCCGUAACGAAGGAGUAUUGCUUAGAGUAAUUGAGGAAGAGUGGCAAUGUGAACGACGGGCUUUGAAAUGAUAAAUGAGAAUCAGGCUGGAGAAGAUGUGAUGUACUAUACCUAAGGUGAAUCUGUUGAUGCUUGUGGUCCACAGAUAGUCACAUACAGUACUUGUAAGUAGCAGAUUUUUGAUGUGUAUUCAACCACUAGAACGAGGUGGAUUGAUUGAAACCACGUGAAGUCUGCCAAUGUCAGUUCCUUUCCAAUGUGGGAUAGAUCGAGGUUCGGUUCUAGCUUACCUAUAUCUCUGUCUACAUUACUACAUAAUAGCCAUUACUUCAGCUUCUACAUUACAUUUUUGGUUCAA